CGGACUAGGAUUGUGAUAUGUUUCGAAUUCUCCGAGCCAGGCCCGGAGUCCCCGAUUGUCCCGCAAAUCCGGCCCGGGAUAUUCAUCCCACGGAGUAUUGCCUGUGAUAUAAACAAUCCGAGCGCUGUGGAUUCUCUCGAUCAUUCCAACCACUACGUCCCCUCUGCAUUUGAAUCCUAAGAUGGCGUCCGAUACCAGUGUGGCAGAUACGCUCGAAACCCUUGCGGCCAAGCUGGUCCACCAGGCCAAAGGCCUUCGUGACGGCAACAGCGCCACUCCGCAGCAGCAUGAGGACCUCGUUGACACUCUGAAACGGGUUCAGGAUGCUGUUUACCUCCCGCGGGAUGACCUGGCGGCAAUGCAAAUGGGCUUCGUCACGGCGGCGGCCAUCCGACUCCUCGUGCACUGGAAGGUCUUGGAGAAAAUCCCCGACACGGGGAGUAUCCCGUACGAGGAAUUGGCCACUCAAGUGGGCGGAGACGUGGGGAUCAUCACCCGUGUCUGUUGGCUUCUCGUGGCGGCCGGCUUGUUGGUGCAGAAGGGGACUGACCGAGUGGCCCAUACGGCCAGGACACGCCUUUUUGCCGGAGUCAAUCCCCUUCGUGCCUUGUGGCUGAUGGCAUACGACGAAUAUGUCCCCGUCCUCCUCGCCAUGCCCCGAUACUACGAUGUCUACGGCAUCAAAGAGCCCACGGGCCGUCUGCACACCAUCAAGGCUUUUACCGAGGGCUCGCCCGACCUGACUGUCGGGGAAAUCAUGAGCCGACAUCCUGAACGGACCGCCAACAUGAUGAUCAGCAUGUCCGCCAUGGCCAGCCAGUAUCCUCAUACCGGCUUCUAUGACUUCGGCUGGGUGGUGCCCAAGGCCGCGGAAGAUGCCACCAGACCCCUGAUCGUGGACAUCGGGGGCGCCAAGGGCUGGACCCUGCAGGCCAUCUGUCAGGAGACCCCGGGGAUCCCCAUCAGUCGAUGCGUGCUGCAGGAUUUGCCCGGGGUGAUCCAGAUGGUUCAGACGGUUGGGGACGAGGACAUCCGGAGCGCCCAGUUGAUGGCCAUCGACUUUCACAAGGAACAACCCGUCAAAGGUGCAUUGGUUUACAUGAUCCGCCGGGUUCUUCGGGACUUUGGUGAUGAUGAGUGUGUGUCCAUUCUCCAGCAUGUGGUGGCUGCUAUGGCGCCCGACAGCAAGCUGUUGAUCGCCGACACCGUCACCGGAAAUCCACCCUCCUGGUUUCCCGCCAUGGUGGACUUCUUGCUCUCCGCCAUCGGGGGCAAGGAACGAAUCGAGGAGGAUUUCCGCAAGAUAACCGAAAGAGCCGGACUGAAGAUCACCGGCGUUCACUAUUCGGAUAAGGCCGAGUUCGCGAUGAUCGAGUGUGAGAAGACCUGA